UUUUGGGGAGGGAGAGAAACGCGGGGUUCGGUGUGCGGCUGAUGAGCUGUGUCAGAGGGGAAUGGAGCGGGUUCCGGGAGGAAAAGGGCCGGGGUGUGGAGCCCCGGGCACGGCCGGGCAGCGGGACCUCGGGAGGUGUUUCCCCGCUCUGCGGUGCCCUGCUUUGUGGACUGCGGGUUGAACCGGGGCUCGGCGGUGAUUGCUGCCCGUGCCAGGGAAAAGCCGGUUCCUCCGGCCGUGGAGCGGGUGAGGAACGAGUUCCGUGGGGCUCCUGCAGAGGAGGAACCGGCUCUGGGCUGCCCGCGGACCAUGGCGGUGCCCGUGGUGUUUGCUCUGGGGAGCCACGCAUCAAGAGUUUCUUAUCAGUUCCUUAUCAGAGGCAAGAGGGGGAAGUGGCUUCUGCUGCUGGCAGCCCAGCGCGGUGUUUCCUGGUCCGGAGCUGGCACCCGGCAGGGCAGGGCAGGGCAGGGCUGGGAUCGAUCCCUGGCUAUGCCUCCCGUUCUGAACCCUGGGAAGGAGCCGCUGGUGUUCCUCGGGAAGGGGAUCUGCCAUGCAGCGGGUUGGGGGCAACCCCUAUGGGGCUCUGUGGGACCUUCAGGUGGCCCUGGCCACCGUGUCCCUCAUCAGGAGGGCUUCUCACCAGUUUCACCUCUGCCCCUGCAGCCCUCCUGUCUGAUGCCGCACUGGAGGCGGGGAGCGCCGCUAUGGAGCGCGGGGAUGGAGGCCACGCUCUGCAUCCACACGUGCCUUUGGCUCAGCGCUUCCUGGAUCCCCCUGGCCUCGCCGGCCCUGGACGCUGAGGGAGGCCACGGGAAGCUGACGUGGGCGGUCAGCCUGGAGGCACCCGAGGAGGAGCUGGAGCAGCGGGCAGAGGAGCUGGCCCGGACUGCGGGGCUGGUGAACAUGGGCCGUGUCGGGGAGCUCAAGGGCCAUUACCUCUUUGCCUACCAGCCCGACGGCCACGCGGUGGCUGAGCACGAAGCCAUCAGGAGAUCCGUGGACACUUUGUUUGCACAGCACGACAGCGUGCGGUGGCACUCGGAACAGAAGCUUCUGAAGCGCUCCAAGCGCAGCCUGCACUUUAACGAUCCCAAAUACCCCCAGCAGUGGCAUCUGAACAACCGCAAGAGCCCCGGCAAGGACAUCAACGUCACGGGCGUGUGGGAGCGGAACGUGACGGGGCGCGGGGUCACGGUGGUGGUGGUGGACGACGGCGUGGAGCACACCAUCAAGGACAUCCAGCCAAACUACAGCCCAGAGGGCAGCUAUGACCUGAACUCCAACGACCCUGACCCCAUGCCUCACCCCGACGAGGAGAACGGGAACCACCACGGCACGCGCUGCGCCGGGGAGAUCGCGGCCGUGCCCAACAACAGCUUCUGCACCGUGGGCGUCGCCUUCGGCAGCCGCAUCGCGGGCAUCCGAGUGCUGGACGGGCCCCUCACGGACAGCAUGGAGGCCAUUGCCUUCAACAAGCACUAUCAGAUCAAUGACAUCUACAGCUGCAGCUGGGGUCCCGACGACGAUGGGAAGACUGUGGAUGGCCCCCACCAGCUGGGAAAGGCUGCCCUGCAGCACGGGGUGAUCGCCGGUCGCCGCGGCUUCGGGAGCAUCUUCGUGGUGGCCAGUGGCAACGGGGGCCAGCACAGUGACAACUGCAACUACGAUGGAUACGCCAACUCCAUCUACACUGUCACCAUAGGAGCUGUGGAUGAGACUGGCUCCAUGCCCUUCUAUGCUGAGGAGUGUGCCUCCAUGCUGGCUGUCACCUUCAGCGGCGGGGACAAGAUGAUGAGGAGCAUCGUGACCACCGACUGGGACCUGCAGAAGGGCACGGGCUGCACGGAGGGGCACACGGGGACGUCGGCGGCCGCCCCGCUGGCCGCGGGGAUGAUCGCGCUGAUGCUGCAGGUGCGGCCCUGCCUCACCUGGCGCGACGUGCAGCACGUCAUCGUCUUCACCGCCACCAAGUACGAGGACCGUCACGCCAAGUGGGACACGAACCAGGCUGGCUUCAGCCACAGCCACCAGCAUGGCUUCGGCCUGCUCAACGCCUGGAGGCUGGUGAACGCUGCCAAGAUCUGGGAGUCCGUGCCCUACCUGGCCUCGUACGUGAGCCCCGUGCUGAAGGAGGGCAGGAGCAUCCCCUGGCUCCCUCAGGAGCUGGAGGUGGCCUGGAAUGUGACCCCCGCCGACCUGCAGCUGUCUGGCAUGAGGACCCUGGAGCACGUGGCUGUCACUGUCACCAUAACCCACCCUCGCCGUGGCAACCUGGAGAUCCGGCUGCUGUGCCCCAGCGGGAUGAUGUCCCUGAUCGGCACCGCCCGCAGCAUGGACUCGGACCCCAAUGGCUUCUCGGACUGGACCUUCUCCACGGUGCGCUGCUGGGGCGAGGAGGCGCAGGGCACCUACAGGCUGCUCAUCAGGGACAUCGGGGACGACAGCCUCAGGCCGGGCACCUUGAGGCAGUGGCAGCUGACCCUGUACGGCUCCUCCUGGUCCCCAGCAGAGAUGAAGGAACGGCAGAGGCUGCUGGAGGAAGCCAUGAGUGGGCAGUACCUGAGCAGUGACUUCUCCCUGCCCUGUCCCCCAGGGCUGGACAUCCCCGAGGAGCAGCGUUACACCAUCACAGCCAACACCCUCAAGACCCUCCUGCUCUUGGGAUGCUUUGCCGUGUUCUGGACGUUUUACUACAUGCUGGAGGUUUGCCUGACGAGGAACGAGGUGGGGCUGGACCUGGCCUGCUCCAGCUCCAGCAGCUGCAGGUGGUACCAGCAGGGCAGGAAGCACCGAGCCCUGGAGAGCGACCUGGAGAUGGAGUCGGUGCCUCUGUACCGGGAGAAGGACGUGGAGGAGACUGAGAUGGAGUGUGAGCACCUGGAGCCUGCCCAGGACGGGCAGGAGGGGUCCUGGAGCCCCACACACCCCAAACUUUCCAGCAAUGGCAGAGCUGGGAGCUUCCACGAGGCAGACCCAGGGUUCUUGGGCAGGCAGGCAUCGACUGAGCUCCUCGGGGAGGACAGGGAGCACCAGCCCUGCUGACUGGGGCCAGGCUGGAGCCCUCCCUCGGUACAACCUGCCUGGGCUCGGGCAGCACAGACUCGUUGCUGAGCCUCCACGGACCAUUGCCACUGUGUCCUGCGGGAGGUGGUGCUGGAAGGGGCUUGGAAACAAGGAGAGAGGGCUGGUACUGGAAGGGGAGCUUCCCUUCCCUCCUCCUAGAAAACAAAGCAAGCCUUAAACCCUUUCCUGGUGGAGCCUGCCCUGCUGGACGCUCAGGGCACCGUUGUGAGUGCAGUGCCAUUCCCACCGAGCCCCUUCCUGCAGGGAAGGGCCAGGACGUGUCCCUGUGUCCCUGACCUCUGCAGAGCCAGUCUGGGAAAUGCAGCAGGGCCCUGGCAGCCUCCUCUGCAGGCAGGGACCCCACAGCUCUGGCAUUCCCCGGGCUGGCAGCCGGCCCCUACCCACCAGUUAUCCCAGUUUAGAAGCAGGGAGUUGUUUCACUCAUCUCCAGCCAGCGCUUUGCCUGCCCCCGUGCUCCAGUGUUGCUGAUUCCUCCUCUGCAGUGGGCACGGAGCAGCUGUGGGGCGGGGGAGGCAGGAGCCAGCCUGUUUGGGGCAGGAGGGGCUGUC